GCGGUUGACAUUUCUUACAGCGCCAUAUCAAAAUUUAUAUCUUUGAAAACACAGAAGUUGAUUGAGCGAACACAGUUUGAUUGGGUUCGUACGACAUAUUUUGGCACAUCCUCAGCGUGAACUACUGGAACUCUAAAGCUUUUGUGUUGCGUUUGCUUCCCAAUACCUCAAGAAUGAGUUCGUCAGGUCAGGAAGUCAACAUGCCAUCCAAUGGGGAAGCAGUAUCUGAUGGGGAAGACGAGGAGGUGGCUCAGCGGGACAAUGAAGAAACCGAGGAACUGAGGAUUGUUGACCCAGAUGCUGAGGUUGUUGACUUAAACCACUGUCGUAUUGGGGUGAUAGCAAACCUUGAAGCACUGAACAAGGUUGAGUCCCUGUGUCUCCGACAGAACUUGAUUAAGAAGAUUGAAGGCUUGAGCACAUUGACAACGCUAACCGACCUGGAUCUUUAUGAUAAUCAAAUCACAAAAAUCGAAAACUUGCAAGCAUUAACAAAUCUUGAGCAACUUGAUGUCUCAUUUAAUCGCAUAUCCAAGAUAGAAGGACUGGAUACUUUGGUGAAUAUCAAGAAAAUAUUCUUCAUAAACAACAAAAUCACCAAAAUUGAGAACAUUGGUCACAUGGUCCAGAUGGAGAUGCUGGAAUUAGGCUCUAACAGAAUACGAGAUAUAGAAAACAUAUCAACCUUAACCAAUUUGACAAGCCUUUACCUGGGUAAAAACAAAAUCACCAGACUCCAGGGUCUUGAUACACUAGUUCAACUGAGGUGUCUAAGUAUACAGAGUAACAGAAUCCUUAAAAUAGAAGGUGUGGAGAAAUUGGUUAACUUAGAAGAAUUCUACAUCAGUCACAAUGGGAUCGAGAAGAUAGAAGGCCUGGACACCAAUGUUAAACUUACCACAUUAGACCUGGCUGGGAAUCGGAUAAAACGACUGGAGAAUAUGGAUCACCUGACUCUGCUAGAGGAAUUCUGGUUCAACGACAACAAGUUGAGUGAAUGGAAGGAUUUGGAACACCUGACUCCACUGAAGAGUUUAGAGACAAUCUAUCUGGAGAGAAACCCCUUGUGGGAGGAUGGCAGCGCCCCGGGCAAAGUGGACCCCAACUAUCGCCGCAAAGUGAAGCUGGCGCUACCCUGGAUCAAACAGAUAGAUGCCACCAUGGCGAGAUAAACCGUACCAAAGGGAGAGGUUACUGGAUACAAGCCCACCUGUUUAAAUUCCAUGUAUUUUUGUCCAUGUUAAAUUUUUACAAGCGUUUUAUGUAAAAUAGUUAAUGCGAGACAGCGGAAGGGUGUUUGAAGGUUGUGUGAUUUACUGGUGAAAAGUUCAAAACAAGUGUUGUUCAAUAAUUUUUAAACUAAUGUUCAUAGUGAUAUAUGUAACUGAGAAGUUAGAACAUUCAUCUACAUGAGCUGAGGACACUGGACUCUUAUAUUUAUGUUUGACCAAUACUCAAAGCUACGACUGUAUCAAACUCAGAUUGUAUCCAGCAAAAUUUGUAUAGGAUUAAAUGCAAGGGUUGACAAUCCAGGGUGAUGACACCAGAAAAUUUGAUUUGAUUUUGUGGUUUGUUGAAUGAAUUUACCUUACAGUUGGUUUUGUUGGUACUGAGAGAAAAUGGAUCUGGCUAAAAGUUUAUUGAUUAGCAGUAUAUUGCUAAUAUAUAUCCUGUUCAAAAUAAUUGAGUGAGAGUGUAAAUCAUUAACUUGCCAGGCUUGGAAGUGAAAUGUUUGUGUAGUCUGGAAGAACAACAGGUACAUUAACAGGUAAGCUGAUAAUUUCAGCGGCUUGUUUUUGUCAUACUGUACUUGAUCAGCAGCUGAUAAGGAUGGUAUGAUUCUCCGUCAUAGGCUUAUGUUAUGAAUUCCCCAUGACAUAAAUUUUUAAAAGUUGCGUCAGCCAAUCAAGUGCUGUUACAUUUCGGCUGUUGAACAAAAAAUGUUUACUCAAACAAUGGCACUGAUCAAUAUCCCUGACAAAUUCGCCAUCACUCUUAGGCAGGAAACCUAUUGGUAUUAAGUUUAUCCACUUGCUGACUAAUAGAAAUACUAUAACAACAAUGUGAUAGCUUUCUGAUAUUUCCAACAGACUGGUUGUUCAAAUGUUGUUGUAGUCUUGAUUUUGAGGCAAUCAGCAACAUAAAAGCACAGUGAUUUUCCAAUGUCGGCACACAUACAAGCCGGACAA